GAAAGUAAAUUAGCAACAAUUAUCGAAUUAUAAGCCAUCAAAAGGGUCUUAAAUGUCAGGUGAUCAAACUGCAUCUCCAAAUCCCAGCAUGGAUCCCAACCAGCCCCGUCAGAUCGUCUUCAAUCCUGACGGUACGAUGACUCGCCUACUCAAAGAUCCAGAAACCCCACCCACAUCCGAUCCGAGCCUUCGUAUUCCAGUUCUCUCAAAAGACAUUCCCAUCAACCAAUCAAACAACACCUGGGUCAGACUCUUCCUUCCAUCGGAAGCACUUUAUAACUCGCCCACUAAGCUUCCCGUCGUAGUUUUCUACCAUGGGCGAGGCUUCAUCCUAUUCAGUCCAGCCUCAUCUAUUUUUCAUGAUUUUUGCGUGAAUAUGGCGAUCGAACUCGGUGUGAUCAUCGCAUCUAUCGACUACCGGCUUGCACCGGAGCAUCGCCUGCCAGCAGCUUAUGAUGAUGCCGUGGAGGCGUUGCACUGGAUCAGAACCGCCCAAGGUGAUUGGUUAAUAAAAUAUGCUGAUUUUUCUAGUUGUUUUCUCAUGGGCGGUAGUGCUGGGGGUAACAUAGCCUACCACGCAGGACUACGUGCAGCUGACGAAGUUGGCCAUCUAGAGCCGUUGAAGAUCCGAGGGCUGAUAUUGCAACAACCAGCUUUUGGGGGGAUCCAGAGGACUGGGUCAGAGCUGAGGCUUGUUAAUGACCCUAUUUUGCCACCAUCUGCCAGUGACCUUAUGUGGGAGUUGUCCCUGCCGAUUGGGGUUGACCGUAACCACGAGUAUUCCAAUCCGACGGUGGGCGGUGGGUCCAAGCUCUUAGAGAAAGUCAGGGUGCUAGGAUGGAGGAUUUUUGUGAGUGGCUGUGAUGGGGAUGAUCCAUUAUUUGACCACCAGGUUGAGUUGGUGAAGAUGUUGGAGCACAAGUGUGUACAAGUGGUGGCUCAUUUUGGCGUUGGAGAUUUUCAUGGGGUGGAAUAUAAAGACCCUGCGAAGGCCAAGGCAUGGUUUAGAGUUGUCAAGGAUUUUAUAUCAUCUUGCUUGGAAGCAUAGUGCAUGAAUAAUAAUGGUCAGUGAUUGAAUCAUGCUGAUAAAUUAAAUGUUAUU